UGUGGACAGCACUUCUGUCAUGGGACCUGUGCGGUUGGGAAUGCUGCUUUUCAUUUUGGCUGUGUACGGUGCUUGGGCUGGGACGCCGAAGGAGGAGGACGAUGACACAGAACGCCUGCCCAGCAAAUGCGAAGGGACUAUCUGCGCAGGACCGCCCACUCUACUGAGCAUCUUCAGUGUGUGUGUGUGUUUCCCCCAUGCCACUGGACCUAAAUCUGGAGAGCCUGCAGGAGCGUGGUGUGACGCUCAUACCUUGUGGACAUCUCUGCUCCACCCCGGCAGAGACGCUCCCAAAUUACAGGUCCCACGUUCUCCUGAGGGGGUUUAGAGUGUGUAAGCUGCUGAGCCUGGAGCUACAGGAAGAGCUGAGUCGCACUGGCCGAUCUCGAGAGGUGCUGGAGCUGGGGCAGGUGCUGGACACAGGCAAGAGGAAAAGACAUGUCCCUUACAGCGUUUCAGAGACAAGGCUAGAAGAGGCCUUGGAGAAUUUAUGUGAGCGGAUCCUGGAUUACAGUGUUCAUGCUGAGCGCAAGGGCUCACUGAGAUAUGCCAAGGGGCAGAGUCAGACCAUGGCAACGCUGAAAGGCCUGGUGCAGAAGGGGGUGAAGGUGGAUCUGGGGAUCCCUGUGGAGCUGUGGGAUGAGCCCAGUGUGGAGGUCACAUUCCUCAAGAAGCAGUGUGAGACGAUGCUGGAGGAGUUUGAAGACGUGGUGGGAGACUGGUACUUCCACCAUCAGGAGCAGCCCCUACAGCAUUUUCUCUGUGAAGGUCAUGUGCUUCCAGCUGCUGAAACUGGGUGUCUACAGGAAACUUGGACUGGAAAGGAAAAGAUCACCGAUGGGCAAGAGAAGACUGAAGGAAAGGAGGAGCAAGAACAAGAGGAGAAGGAGGAGGCGGAGGAGAAAGAGGAAGAAGAGAGGACCAACACACCAGGCCACUCCAAGCACGACCCAGAGGAUCUUUGACCCUUGCUGUUGAUCCCCAGGAAGGGCAGGGCUCACAGAGAAGAACUCUCUGAAGUCUGAGUUCUCCCUGCCUCCCAGUUUUAAGGGUGAUGUUGUGAGUGAUCCAA